CCCUCAGUGACCUCACCAAUCCCUCAACUUUUCUCUUAUCUACUUAUUCUCUUCCAUCCUUCCUUUACAAUCUAACAAGUAUACGUCAGUUCAUCGCCAUCCCAUCAUGCCAGGCCCAGCUCCGAACCUUUUCAGCUUUCAAGAUACUGAUGCCCUGGCCAAGCAAUUACGGCCCUAUGUCCUCCGCAAUCAAAACGCGGCCCUGAGCCGUCACAACACUUUCCGCGUCGCAGUAUCUGGUGGCUCUCUCCCUACUGUUCUCGCGAAAGCUCUCCUCGCUCCCGGAGAUGGUACCCCAGAGGAUACUGCUCAAUUUUCCAAGUGGGAAAUCUUCUUCGCAGACGAGCGCGCUGUCCCUCUCGAUCACGAGGACAGCAACUACCGUCUUCUGAAGGACGAGCUACUUAGCAAGAUACCUUCAGAACUCGGCUCACCCAAUGUGCACACGAUUGAUGAGAAGCAUGUCAAUGGCGACCCUCAGGAGUUGGCGGAUUUGUACCAGGAAGAGCUGAUGCGCUCCUUUGCGGCCAAGGACAGCGUUAAGCUGCCCGUUUUCGACCUCAUUCUUCUCGGCUGCGGACCAGAUGGCCACACUUGCAGUCUUUUCCCUGGACAUGAAUUGCUACGGGAAAAGGAUGCGUGGGUGUCUGCUAUCAGCGACUCUCCGAAGCCGCCACCAAAGCGCAUCACACUCACAUUGCCCGUCGUCACGCAUGCUGUGAGUAUCGCCUUCGUCGCCACUGGUGGAGGAAAGAAGGAUAUUCUCAAGCAAAUCUUCGAUGCAGAGGAAGGGAGGAGCCUUCCGUCUGCGCUGGUCAACCAGGGUGGGGGUGAGAAAGUCAGUUGGUUCACCGAUCACGCGGCUGUUGACGGUGUUGCGUUUCCAAGACGGGGAAGCCUGUAACUGAGUUGGACUACUCCAUGGGCUAGAGCUAAAAAGUAUUGGUCAAAUACUAAUGUUCCAUGCGUCCACCUGUAUGUUUACAUUAUAGAUUACCCAGGCUAGCAUUUUACUUUCUUUCUCCGUGCAAAAUAAG